AGCACCCGCCAGAGGGUGGCGGUCUCCGGCCUCUCGGGGCUCGCUCCGGGAAGCUGCUCCGAGCCCGGGUGCUGCUGAUGAACACAUUCUCUUUCUUCUCUCUUCACAAUGAAAGCCAAGCCAGAGCCCAGGUACCUGGAUGAAGUGAGAGUUGAAGUCUCUGGGAUUUCACAAUAAGUGGCCGAUGGCUACUAGCCAAGGUCAGCUGCCCCCAAUUUGGGCCUGCCCCCCACCAGAGCAGAGGCAAAUGACCUCUCCAGUUAACACUUCAGUGGCUUUUUUAUAGUCCAGUCACACGGUCAUUGUCACUUUCAGCCCAUAUGAAAAGAAAUCUUUUUUUAUUGGUCUGAGAGACCAAGUCCAGUCCCAAAGAGGGGUCUCGUUUCCAGCUAACACGCACACCUCCUGAUUUCGUGUUAUCUUCACCAUGCAGGCUGCUAUGCAGUUGUGUGGAGCAUGCUGCACAUUAAGGGCUCUUUAAAAACCCGGAUUGAUUGGAAGAACAAAAAUUAAAAGCAAUCUGAUCCAGCCCCAUGCCGGAUCCCUGCGGAUUCCCUCCUUAUCCCAUUUCCACCAUCCAUUGUCACAAUUUGAGAGUCUGCCCGAUUUGAUCAGCUUCACCUCCAGGGGAGGUGUAACACCAAGGUUAGGAGGACGCCAAGUUACAGGCAACUUUUUGAUCUGCCCAUCAGCAGCCUGAGAAACGCUGGCUCUGGAUUUUCUGUAUAAGCCAUUUGGAAAGCACAAGCUCCCACCGUUGGCAGACCUGCAGUGUUCAAGUCAAUGGUACAUCCCAGCCACCGUCGCCUGGUAGAUGUGACAUUUCCAUGCUGAGGUCCCAAGUGCCCCCUGACCCCACCACCACCUCACCAGCACCCCUCUGGGCCCCACCCAUUUGGACUGCGCAGCCAUGCUGCGCCUGCUGGCCCUCUUCCUGCACUGCCUCCCGCUGGUUUCUGGGGACUAUGACAUCUGCAAAUCCUGGGUUACCACAGAUGAGGGCCCCACCUGGGAGUUUUACGCCUGCCAGCCCAAGGUGAUGCGCCUGAAGGAUUAUGUCAAGGUCAAAGUGGAGCCCUCAGGCAUCACGUGCGGAGACCCCCCUGAAAGGUUCUGUUCCCACGAGAACCCUUACCUGUGCAGUAACGAGUGUGAUGCCUCCAACCCGGACCUGGCCCACCCACCCCGGCUGAUGUUUGACAGGGAAGAUGAGGGACUGGCCACCUACUGGCAAAGCGUCACAUGGAGUCGCUACCCCAGUCCGCUGGAGGCCAACAUCACCCUCUCAUGGAACAAGAGCGUGGAGUUGACAGACGACGUGGUGAUGACUUUCGAGUAUGGCCGGCCCACGGUCAUGGUCCUCGAGAAGUCCCUGGACAAUGGGCGCACCUGGCAGCCCUACCAGUUCUAUGCAGAGGACUGCAUGGAGGCCUUCGGCAUGUCUGCCCGCCGCGCCCGAGACAUGUCACCCUCCAGCGCCCACCGGGUGCUCUGCACCGAGGAGUACUCACGCUGGGCAGGGUCCAAGAAAGAAAAACAUGUGCGCUUUGAGGUAAGGGACCGCUUUGCCAUCUUCGCUGGCCCUGACCUGCGUAACAUGGACAACCUGUACACGAGGAUGGAGAGCGCCAAGGGCCUCAAGGAGUUCUUCACUUUCACUGACCUGCGCAUGCGCCUGCUGCGUCCCGCGCUAGGCGGCACCUAUGUGCAGCGAGAGAACCUCUAUAAAUACUUCUAUGCCAUCUCCAAUAUCGAAGUCAUCGGCAGGUGUAAGUGCAACCUGCAUGCCAACCUGUGCACGGUGCGCGAGGGCAGCCUGCAGUGUGAGUGUGAACACAACACCACAGGCCCUGACUGUGGCAAGUGCAAGAAGAACUUCCGCACACGUGCCUGGCGAGCUGGCUCCUACCUGCCACUGCCCCAUGGCUCUCCCAAUGCCUGUGCAGCUGCAGGCUCCGCCUUUGGCAGUACCAGCAGGUCCAGAAAAACCCCCGCCCCCAAAGCCCCUAUGGCCACUGAGGCCACGAGGAGGGGCCCUAUCACUUCUACCCCCUCCACAUCUACUCUCCAAGUCCCUACAGCCCCAAGGACCCCACAGCCCACAGGACUGGCUGACUCCAGGACUUUGCUAGUGAGCAGGAGACAAGGCCAUCUUCCAGGCAGCAACAGCAAACUUUCAACGACUGUCAGAUCUGCAGUUCUGAGCCCUGCGCUGGAUAGCUGAGCAUGAAGGAGAGGAGGCAGCUUCAAGGUAACAGGCAGCAGCCUGCAACUUUACAUCUAGGACAUCCUUGGUUCCUGUGUGGCCUGUGCUUAGAGUCCCCGGGACACUUGGCAUACUUAAAAGGGUCUGGAUCCCAGUUGCAUGCAGGUGUCUGUCUGUCUGGACAGUGUUAUCUUCCUAGUCUCAAUGUGGGAGAGGAUGAAGGCUUAGGAAGAAGCUGCUGCAUCUAUAGUAUGCAAAUUAUACCUUGAUAAAGUCAUCUUUGAGAGAGAGAGAGAGAGAGAGAGAGAGAGAGAGAGAGAGAGAGAGAGAGAGAGAGAGAGAGAGCUUCCCAAGGUCCCAGGAAACCCACAGUCCAAGCAGGAGCACAGGACUGGCUCACUCCAUCCACUCUCUGUCCUCUAUGCCAUCCAGGGAUACUGCCCUGAAGUCUCAGGUGCUUAGAAGUGGUCCCACCAUUAAGACCUAGCUAGCAUGGGUUCUUGGUUCCAAAACACCCUCCGUCUAGCCUUGGCACACAACACAGGACGCCUGAGCAUGUCUGAGCAGCUAAACGCAGCCAGAAGCUUUCUCUUCCUGGACUCAGCACCCUCCACCAAGUUCUCAGACCUCUUUAGCUACAGCCCAGCUGGGUUUUGAAACCCCAGACCCAGAUGCAGUCUGGAAGACAGUGCUCUCCUGAAAGCCAGGCUAGAGAGCCUAAUCCUGCCCAGCCUCCUCAAGGGGGUUGGGGAAGCCGAGCUCAGAAGCAAGAUGCCUUCGGGGUGGUUUUGCCAGGGCUCUAAUUAAGCCCUUGCCAAUUUGGGUCCUUCGGCCUUGUCUCUUCACUGAAUACCAUAUUAAUGUCAAUUUGAUGUCCGAAGGCUUCAGGCUCCCAGCUGGGAACCUCCCGCCAUUUUUUACCUGGAAGAAUUUCUUUUUCUUUCUCCAUCAACCACCACGAAUAAAAAUCGCUUUCCAGUAGGGAAGACAUCAGCCUCCCCUGAACCCUACCCCACAGUCUUCUCCCAGUUCUGUCCUUUGAAUGUAGCAAAGUGAUCGCUGUGCUCCUUGCUGUGUGUUCAGUUCUCGGAACUGAGUGUUGUGGAUGGGGCAGUUGGUGACUCGUGAUGAGGUCCCUGAUCCUCAAGCCAAGGAGGUGGAAGGGCAACAGUCAGAAAGGAGAAUUAAUUAGACAUCCAACUCUGGGGAACCUGCUAGAACUUUCUCAAUGUGUCUAUCACACUGGCCAGGACAUUGUCCCCCAGCACAGCAUUAGCUUGAGGCUUCAUACAAAGAGGGAAGGGUUUUGAAAGCAGUGCUAGGUGAAGGAAGAACUAUCCAAAGCCCACAGGGCCUCAGGAAUGGGGGCCUCCUCACAGCAGGCUUCAAGUGUGUGCACAUCCUCUGCAGCUGCAAUAGUUUGAUGCUGCCUCUCUAGUGAGUUUGGACCAUGGUUCAUGGCCAGUGUAGACGGAGCCUAUAGUGCUGCUUCUUUCAGGGGCCUCUGAAGGGAAGAGCCAUCAUCCCUUGAAUGACUUGAUUUCUUCUCUUCUUCCUCCCAAGGUCAGACCAAGCCACCUACUGUGCCCCCCCUUGGGGACAGCUCUUUCUGGCCCCAGGUGUCCUCCAGUGCAG